AUGGCGGCAACGCAACAGCAAGAGGCCAAGUUCUACCAGACUGUUGAACAGGCUAAAAAGGACCUCGACGCAGUUUCUGCGCCGUCAACCACACCUAGCUCCCCUGGCUUGUCUGCAGACAGCUCUCGCGCCAGCAUCGCCAGCGUUGAUACCCCCUCAUCACCACUCUCUCCUUCCACCGUGGCCGACUCCUUCGUCUUUGCCUUUGAUAUCGAUGGCGUUCUUGUCCGCGGCGGCAAGGCCAUCCCCGAAGCAAUUCAGGCCAUGAGAGUGCUCAACGGAGAAAACGAAUUCGGCAUCCAUGUACCUCACAUCUUCCUAACCAACGGCGGCGGCAAAACCGAAGAGGAGCGAUGCGGCGACCUCUCCCGCCAGUUGCUGCAGGACAUCCAGCCCGGCCAGUUCAUUUGCGGACACACCCCCAUGAGAGAAAUGGCCGAGAAGUACGGCACCGUCCUUGUCAUUGGCGGCGAGGGCGAAAAGUGCCGCGAGGUCGCCGAGGGCUACGGCUUCCGGGACGUCGUCACCCCCGGCGACAUCAUCAAGCACGACUCUGCCACGACGCCCUUCCGCAAGCUCACCGCCGAGGAGCACGCCAACUCGCGCGCCCGCGACUUUGACGACGUCACCAUCGACGCCGUCUUCGUCUUCGCCGACUCCCGCGACUGGGCCGGCGACAUCCAGAUCAUGCUGGACCUCGCCAUGUCCAAGGGCGGGCGGCUCUGCACGCGCAGCGAGACCUUUGACGAGGGGCCCCCCUUUUACUUCUCGCACAACGACGUCGUCUGGUCCGCGGCCCACGAGCACGUCCGCCUCGGCAUGGGCGCCCUCCGCCGCAUGUUCGAGGUCACCUUUGACGACCUCACCCGCGGCCGGGGCCGGCUCGACACGCACGCCUUUGGCAAGCCGCAGGUGCCCACGUUCGAGUUCGCCUCGCGCCUCAUGAGCCAGUGGCGCCACGCGCGGCACGGCAUCGCGGACGCGCCCCAGACCGUCUACUUUGUCGGCGACACGCCCGAGAGCGACAUCCGCGGCACCAACGCCGUCAACAAGAAGGCCGACAACGACUGGUACAGCAUCCUCGUCAAGACGGGCGUGUACCAGGACGGCACGGAGCCCGCCUACAAGCCUCGCGUCAUUGUGGACAAUGUCCUGGACGCCGUGAACCACGGCAUCCAGCGCGAGAUGCGUAAGAAGCUUGCUUCUUCGCUCAAGCAGGGUCUCGAGAAGGCUGUUGCGGAUGCCGAGACGGAGGCUAUUGUCGUGGAGGCGUAG